GUGGUGGUUGGACGUGGAUUUUAAAGGAUUUUUAUAUAUAUUUUUUUUCUAAAAAGAAGAAGAAGAAAAACGCUUCCCGUGAAGCCUGAAAAGAUUUAUCCGUGAAAAGUGAUGGCCGAGCGGGGAGCUCUGUCGCUCCUCUCUCUCCUCUGUCUCACCUUUCUCUACACGGAGACCACCGCGGCAAAGCAUGUCGACAAAGGUUCAGCAGCGCAGCCCUUCAGCCCCUUCUGGUUCACAGUGGAGCCCCAGGACACGCUGGCCAUCCGGGGCAACUCGGCACUGCUCAACUGCUCGGCCCACAGCGACGCGGCGACGGCGGCGCGCAUAGAGUGGAAGAAAGACGGCACCUUCAUGAGCCUGGUUUCCGACGAGAGGCGACACAUACUCCCCGACGGCUCGCUGUUCUUCAACCACGUGGUCCACUCCAAGCACAAUAAGCCCGACGAGGGCACGUACCAGUGCGUCGCCACUAUCGACAACCUGGGAUCAAUUUCAAGCCGCACGGCUCGUCUUUCUGUAGCAGGGAUGCCCAGGUUCACCAGCCAGCCAUCGCCGGCCACUGUGCAUCUAGGGAGCAGCCAGGUGAUGGCAUGCGAGGUCAACUCAGAUCUGGUGCCCUUCACCCGGUGGGAGAAAGACCGCCAACAGCUAGAGCUGAGCGCCAGGCUUGUCCAGCUGCCCAGCGGAGCCCUGGUGAUCAGCAACGCCUCGGAGGCCGACGCUGGCCUUUAUCGCUGUGUGGUGGAAAAUGUGGGGUCGUCCAAGUCCAGCGAUGAGGCCCAGCUACAGAUAGUGUCAGAAACUGGAGACGAGAGGAAGCUGGAGUUCCUGGUGCAGCCUGUAUCGGUGACCAAGGUGGUGGGUGCUAGUGUGCUGCUGCCCUGUGCGGUCACCGGUUACCCUGCACCGCACGUUCGCUGGAUGUUUGGAGACAAGCUGCUAGAAGAAAGUGAGGGACGUGUGGAGGUGCUGGGAGGAGGAAGUCUCCAGAUCUCCAAUCUCACAGAGGAGGAUGCUGGCACCUACACCUGCAUGGCAGACAACGCCAACGCAACCAUCGAAGCGCAGGCGCAACUCACUUUACAAGUUCCUCCGCAGUUCGUCAAGCGGCCAGCCAACAUUUAUGCCCACGAGUCCAUGGACAUCAUCUUUGAGUGUGAGGUUUCAGGGUCACCGGCUCCGACUGUCAAAUGGGUGAAGAACGGAGACGCUGUCAUCCCCAGCGACUACUUCAAAAUAAUUAAGGAGCACAACCUGCAGGUUCUGGGUCUGGUCAAGUCAGAUGAAGGUUUCUAUCAGUGCCUUGCUGAAAACGACGCAGGCAACAUCCAGUCCAGCGCCCAGCUCAUCAUCUUAGAUCACGAUGUAGCCCUUCCCUCUUUCCCUCCCCCCUCACUGACUCCUAACACUACUGACCAUGUAACGCCAGGCUCCGGAGGUGUAGCCAGCGCAGCAGGCCCCACCCCCUCCGCACCCAGAGACGUCGUGGCGUCGCUGGUUUCCACCCGCUUCAUCAAGCUGACCUGGCGCCCACCGGCCGAACCCCAUGGAGACGAGUUAACCUACUCCGUUUUCUACAGCCAGGAGGGCACUAGCAGGGAGCGAGUAGUGAAUACCAGCCGCCCAGGAGAGAUGCAGGUCACCAUCCAGAACCUCAUGCCAGACAGCAAAUAUCGCUUCAGGGUUGUGGCUCACAACAUCAACGGCCAGGGAGAGAGCUCUGCAGCGCUCAAAGUGGCCACCCAGGCUGAAGUCCAAGUGCCGGGCCCUGCUCCUAACCUCCAGGUGGUGUCGAACACGCCAACGUCUGUCUCUCUGAGCUGGGACAAACCACUGACUGGCAACGGGGAGAUCCUCACCUACAAGUUGUACUACACAGACAAAAGCGUCGGCAACGAGCAGGACGUCGACGUAGACAGCCAGGCGUUCACCAUGACGGGGCUGAAGAAGAACACAGAGUACAGUUUCCGCGUGGUGGCUAACAACAAGCACGGCCCAGGCGUCUCUACCGAGGACGUCGUAGUCCGCACUCUGUCUGACGUACCAAGCGCUCCUCCUCAAAACCUCACUCUGGAGGUCCAGAACUCAAAGAGCAUCAUGCUGCGGUGGCAGCCCCCGCCCCUUAGCGGCCAGAACGGAGAGAUUACCGGCUACAAGAUCCGCUACCGGAAAGGAUCCCGCAGGAGCGAGGCAGCUGAGACCACCGGAGGCACCCAGCUUUUCAAGCUCAUUGAUGGUCUGGAGCGAGGGACGGAGUACGCUUUCCGGGUCUCGGCCAUGACUGUGAACGGCACCGGCCCGGCCACCGAGUGGACCACAUCAGAGACGUUUGAGAGUGACCUGGAUGAAUCUCGAGUACCAGACCAGCCCAGCUCCCUCCACGUCCGGCCGCUCGUCAACAGCAUCGUGGUGAGCUGGACGCCGCCGGAGAACCAGGACAUUGUGGUGCGUGGUUACACCAUCGGCUACGGCAUUGGCAGUCCCCACGCUCAGACCAUCAAAGUGGACUACAAGCAGCGCUACUACACCAUCGAGAACCUCGACGCCAGCUCACACUAUGUGAUCACACUGAAGGCCUAUAACAACGUGGGCGAGGGGAUUCCUGUGUACGAGAGCGCCAUCACCAGACCACAGUCAGAUCCCAUAGACCCCGAUGUUGACCUCUACGAACUCUUCCCUGCUCCAUACACCCCAGUACCAGACCCCUCUCCCAUGAUGCCACCCGUGGGUGUUCAGGCCUCCGUGCUGAGCCACGACACCAUCAAGGUGACCUGGGCUGACAACUCCUUGCCCAAGAACCAAAAGAUCACGGAUAACCGCUUCUACACGGUGCGCUGGAAGACCAACAUCCCUGCCAACACUAAAGUAAAGAUGGCCAACGCCACCAACCUCAGCCACAUGGUGACGGGUUUGAAGCCCAACACGCUGUACGAGUUCUCCGUCAUGGUGACCAAGGGCCGCCGCACCAGCACGUGGAGCAUGACCGCACAGGGCACCACCUUUGAGACCAUUCCCAGCUCCUCUCCAAAGGACGUGACUGUGGUGAGCAAAGAGAACAAACCUCGCACCAUAAUUGUCAACUGGCAGCCUCCCUCUGAGGCCAAUGGAAAGAUCACUGGUUACAUCAUCUACUACAGCACAGACGUAAACGCCGAGGUCCACGACUGGGUCAUCGAGCCAGUGGUGGGCAACCGCCUCACUCACCAGAUCCAGGAGCUGACGCUGGACACCACCUACUACUUCAAGAUCCAGGCCCGAAACUCAAAGGGAAUGGGCCCCAUGUCUGAGGCCGUGUAUUUCCGCACUCCAAAGACUGAGUCCUCUGACAAAAUGGCUAAUGACCAAGCAAAUAUUCCACCGAAGCCGGGGCCUCCAGGAAACCCAAAUCCACCCGAUCCUGGAUCUGGAGUUGGUAAAUCAGGGGUUGGAGGCAACAGUGAAAAUCACAUCCUGGUCAUUGUGAUCAUCAUCUCCGUGGGAGCCUUUACCAUCAUCGUGGUGGUGGUGGGUGCCUUCCUGUGCACACGGCGCACCACGUCGCACCAGAAGAAAAAGCGCGCUGCCUCAAAGUCCUCGAAUGGCUCCCAUAAAUACAAGGGAAACUCCAAAGACCUGAAGCCACCUGAUCUUUGGAUUCAUCACGAGAGGCUGGAACUCAAGCCCAUGGACAAGUCGCCAGACCCCAACCCUGUCAUGACCGAAACGCCUAUCCCCCGCACCUCCCAGGACAUCACACCGGCUGACAGCGGCAUGGACAGCAACCCCCAUCUGCAGCAGCGGCGCAACUCCUACCGUGGCCACGAAUCAGAGGACAGCAUGUCAACACUAGCAGGCCGACGAGGGAUGAGGCCUAAAAUGAUGAUGCCUUUUGACGCACAGCCACCUCAGCCUGUGAUUAGCGCUCACCCCAUCCAUUCCCUUGAUAACCAUCACCACCAUUAUCACAUGGGCAGCCUGGUGUCGCCAACACGCAGCUACCUCUACCACCAGGGCAGCGGGCACCCGCACCCGCGCCCGCAUGCCUGCGCCACCCCCAUUUCCCAUUUAGACAGGGUGGACUCUACAGAGUCAGUGAGAAAUACCCCCAGUUCGGAGCCCCUCCCUCCAGCCACCGCCUCAUCUCAGGCCUCCUGCCCUUCGGAGAUCCUGGCCGACCCCGAGGGCAGCUACCACGGCUCCACCACCACAGAAGAAGAGCCCAGCUACUCCAGCAACCUGCCCCCGCUUCGCUCAGCUCACCCGCACGCCCACGCCCACCCGCUCAAGAGCUUUGCCGUACCUGCGAUCCCAGCCUCCAGCCAUCCAUCAUUCGAGUCGCCCGCCCUGCCCAGCGCUCCCCUGCUGACUCAAACCGGGCCUCCCACUCACCCUCACGUUGUUAAAACAGCCUCUAUUGGAACACUAGGAAGGACACGAACACCGAUGAUAGUCACUGUGCCCAACGCCCCUGAUGUGCCAGAGACCAGCAAGAUGCUGGAAGAUGUAGACAGCAGCUACGAGCCCGACGAGCUGACCGAGGAGAUGGCCCACCUCGAGGGCCUGAUGAAGGACCUGAACGCCAUCACCACAGCGCCAUGAGCAUGCACACACACCCACACACACACACACACACACACCUCUACACACACAUGCAGACACUUUCUGUCAUCCUCGCUCACACACACAAACACACUCUCUAAAGUCAAAACAAACACACCCAAACAUAAAUCUUGGGAGGCAGAGGCUGGUGGACAGAAAAUAAAUGGCUUCUCAUGCCCAAGAAAACUCUCACGUCCCCCUGCAGAGAAAAAAAACAAACAAACAAACUCCAGACUGAAACUUAGGAACUUUUUUUGGCUUACCUUGCUCAGUCUCAGGAAGGAGAUUGCCAUGAGAGGGAAGAAAAAGUGACACGCUUCAUCUUUUUAUGAAGAACCAUUCUCAGAGACAAUGAACUUUUAAAACAUUGGUCGCUUUCAACCGGAAGAUUGUGAAUUUUUUCCUCAGCAAAAAUACGUGCGGUAGGUUUUGUUUUUUUUGUUUUCUUUUGUCGCGAACGUUCACUCUCGCACGCUCGAGAUGAGACGGCGGUUGAUUCAAUGUCAAGUCAAAAAGGAGAAAGUCCAAAAAAUAUGCUGGUUUUGAUGUUGGUGCUCAUGCGGCGCAGUCUACACACAGUGUUUGUUUGAUUAGUGUUUUCUUUGUGCAUUUUGUAUAUCUAUUGGGCCGUUUCAGUGAAGUGAACAUUGGAUAUCAGCCCCCCCCUUUACAAGCCUACAUUAUUCAUAAACGUGGUAUUUUAUUUUUGUUUUUACCCCCUUGUGUCAUAUAUUGUGCCAUGACUUUUUAUUAUUUUCUAUGUUAUUGUAUUAUUUUUUUACACACAUAUCCUUAUAAACAUGUACAUAUGUUGUGUUUUUUUUUUUUUUUUUUUUAAACUGCCUCAUUCUUUUGAUGUUUCCCAUAUUUCAUUAUUAUUAUUUGAAAGUGUGAUUACAAAUGAGUCCUGAAGCUCAGUUUUCAUAUCAAAAGGGGAGAGAAGCCUGAUGUGUUUCUACAGUACAUUCUUCUCUGGCAUUGUGUUGCCCGCUUUGUACAUUAAAACGUCUUCUUCUUUUUUUUUUUUCAGUCUUUUUAUUUUGUUUGUGGGAGCUCCGUUUUAAAAGCCUUACCAACGUGUUUGUAUGUUGGACCGUCGAGAUGACUCGGCUCUCCACGGAUGUCGCUCAAGAGUUGUGCUGUCUCGCUGCCAGUGGCAGUUUCUAUAUAGUUCUGUGGGACUUGACAGUAUUCCCCACAGGUCAGGGGUACCUAGGACUCAGGGCGCUGACCCCAACCCCUCCUAAAAAAAACAAAACAAAAAAAAAAACCUCACAGUCAAAUCAAUCAAUCACCUGCAACAGACGAGUUAUCUUUUAUACAGAAGUUCGGUCGAAUGUGUGUGUCAUUUUCCAAAAAAAACAAUAUUUGGUUGUCAGACGUCUGUACUGCUGAACCACGUGUGCGUUUUUACCCCACAGCGGAGUGUGUUUGCUGUAUUUUCCUGCUGUUCUUCAUCAGAUGCCCGGGUUCUUUUACAAAUCUUAUAAGACGCAAAGAUGUUGGCCUUUUGAAGGGGACUCCCAGAUUUUUUUUUUUUUUUUUUUUUUUUUUUUUUUACAUGGUAGUUUUU